GGUGUAAGCUAUAUUCCCUCCUCAGAAACAAGGACACCUACAACUCUGGAGAAUAGACAAAUUCUUAAUCUUUUUGAAUUUGGAAACAUGGAUUGGGAUGAUGAUGCAAUGGUGAUUGAGCAUAACCAAAAAAAAUUCCUAUUUGAUUAUGUUGCAGACAUGCUGAAAGAAGAAGGAGGCAAGAUAUUUUACAGAUCUAACCUAACAUCAGAUAUUGAUAACAUGGCAGACAAAAGACUUUGCGCAGAAAGUCUCAUUAACUGUCUCAUCAAGCAGAGGGCUGUAAAUCUUGUAUCAGUUUGGUUGGAUUUUCAGGACAACUUUUUUGUCAAGGAACAUUUGAUUGAAAGAGUUUCGAUCGGAGACAAAAUUUCAUCCAUUGGAGGAACACUUGGUUUGUUUCUGGGAUUCUCCUUCUUGAGUGUUGUUGAUAUAGUUUACUGGGUUAUCAAAACAAUUGAAGAACGGAUAAGAAGGAGAAAAUGGAAAUAGAAAGGAUGAAAAGGAGACAAAAAAAAAGAAAACUUAAAAAAUACUCACCAAUAAUGGUGAUUUAGAUGUUUUGGUCCAAAGCAUUUACUAAUUGUAGAUUUUUGAUAGAAAAGGUUAUAUAGCAUAAAUAUGUGAAGUACA